GAAACGAGUGACUGCCGCGCCGGUGUUGGAAGACGUUCGUGCAAAAUAUUCGGGCUGCACACAAGAACAAACGACACGUAAACGUCACCAAAAAUUAGCAGCUAACAAGUUCGUUUAAUUAGGUUUUGGAGGACAUGUGUAACUAGAAAACGGGCCGACUUUCAUCCGAGGCUGCGAGAGAGUGCGAGUGGGCAAGUGGCGAGUGCAAAAACAUAUGCGAAGGUCGAAGGCGAGGAGGAGGAGCUGAGCUGCCCUGCCCCACAAAAACUGCAAUUUUCUGCGCUAGCGCUGGAAGCCAACUAGUUGUUGUCGUAGAUCCGUACCCGUACAGGGAGACCCGGACACAAUGGCUCUUCCGGGCAAUGGCAUCUACGUGGUGCGGGGCGAGAUGGCCACCCUGAUGACGGCCAUGCGACGUGGAACGCGCUGGAAUGCCACCGCCUACGUGGACGACGAGAAGGACUCGCUGCUGAAGCUAUUCAUUGACCUCAAGCAGGAUCUGAACCGCAUCGAGGAUCUGCGCCUGAUCGAGCCGCAGGUGUUCCUGGCACCAUUUCUGGAGGUGAUUCGCACGGCGGAUACCACGGGUCCGCUGACUAGUCUGGCUCUGGCCUCGGUUAACAAAUUCUUGUCAUAUGGGCUUAUAGAUCCCACAUCUCCAAAUCUGGCCGAUAUUGUGGAGCGCAUUGCCGAUGCAGUGACACAUGCCCGAUUCAUGGGCACCGACCAGUCCUCGGACAGUGUCACCUUCAUGCGGGUCAUCGAAGUGCUGCACACCCUCAUCCGGAGUCCCGAGGGCGCUGCCGUGAGCAAUGAGUCGAUGUGCGAGGUGAUGCUCAGUUGCUUCAAGAUCUGCUUUGAGCCAAGGCUGAGUGAGCUGCUGCGUCGCUCGGCGGAGCAGUCGCUCAAGGACAUGGUGCUCCUUUUCUUCAUGCGACUGCCGCAAUUCGCCGAAGAGCGAAGUGACACCAUGCUCCAGAAGCGCUUUACCAUUGGCGAUGCUGCCAGUGGAGCUACUCAAGAGAAACUAAAGCGAAAGGCUGUGGCACCUGCACCAGCUGCCCCCAGAAAAUCCUCAACAGUCGAGGACCCUCCACAGACACCACAAUCUGCCAACCUGGCGGUUCCAGGCCAUCUGAAGGCACCCAUACUGGCCACCACGCCAGCCAGUCCAGCGGGAAACAUUCUGGACAUGCAGGGCAAGAUCACGCAGACGCCAACCACAACUGCGAGUUCGGAGGCAGAAGAAAUUGGCGCCCCAGAUGCACCUGUCAUUCAAGUGGAGGCUGCCGAUUCGGAUCCGUUGCUGGAUGGCGACGCGGGUGAGGCAACCAGCUCCCUGACGGAGGCAAACAGCAGCGAGUACAUCAACUCGGUAGGCGUUCGUUUCACACAACAAUCCACCGAUCAGGAGGCCGCUUCGCUCUCGCCCUACGGCCUGCCCUUCAUCCAGGAGCUCUUCCGCUUCCUCAUAAUCCUCUGCAACCCCCUGGACAAGCAGAACUCGGACAGCAUGAUGCACACGGGUCUGAGCCUGCUCACAGUGGCAUUCGAAGUGGCUGCCGAUAACAUUGGAAAGUACGAGGGUUUGCUUGAGCUGGUCAAGGAUGAUUUGUGCAGAAAUCUGAUAUCGCUUCUCAGCUCAGAGCGCCUCAGCAUCUUUGCUGCCGAUUUGCAGCUCUGCUUCCUGCUUUUUGAGUCGCUCCGUGGUCAUCUCAAGUUCCAGCUCGAGGGCUACCUCAGGAAGCUAAGCGAAAUCAUUGCGAGCGACAAUCCGAAGACGCCCUACGAAAUGCGCGAGUUGGCUCUAGACAAUCUUCUGCAGCUGUGGCGCAUUCCCGGCUUUGUCACCGAACUGUACAUCAACUACGAUUGUGACCUGUACUGCACGGAUAUGUUUGAGAGUCUGACCAACCUGCUGAGCAAGUACACGCUGUCAGCGACCAAUGCGGUUUAUAGCACCCACAUCAUCUCGAUGGAUACGCUUAUUAGUGUAAUUGACAGCAUCGAGCGGAGCUGUGCAGCGGCCAAGAACAGCAACAACAGGGAAUCUUUGCCAGAGGCUGCUCCAGCAACGGGCGGAAGUCGCCAUUCACGGCACAACAGCGGAUUGGAGGGAAUAGUAAUCGAUUCCGGAAAUGGCGGAACUGUAGAGGAGCGUGUGGAAAAUAUAGCCAGCUUUAUAAACACCAGUUCACAGCGAUUGCGACUGCAAUCUGGAGAUGGAGUGGGCAUAACCACUGAACAGCUUGCCAAUGUGAAACAGAAAAAGCGUUUGCUGUCCCAGGGCACUGAGCGCUUCAAUCAGCGUCCAGAGAAGGGCAUCCAAUAUCUGCAGGAGCACGGCAUACUCAAUGCCGAGCUUGAUCCCAUGCAGGUGGCCCUAUUUCUUCGAGAGAAUCCCGGCUUGGAUAAGAAAAUGAUUGGCGAAUACAUCUCGAAAAAGAAGAAUGUGGACUCGAAAAUCCUUAUUAACUUUGUAGAUUCCUUUGAUUUUACCGGUCUUCGAGUAGAUCAAGCCCUGCGGCUUUAUCUAGAGACUUUUAGAUUGCCUGGAGAGGCUCCUUUGAUCUUCCUGGUGCUGGAACACUUUUCCGAUCACUGGCAUACCCAAAACCAGGAGCCGUUUGCCAACGUCGACGCAGCUUUCCGCUUGGCCUACGCCAUCAUCAUGCUGAAUAUGGAUCAACACAACUCCAAUGCCAAGCGGCUUAAUGUCCCAAUGACGCUGGAGGAUUUCACCAAGAAUUUGCGGGGUCUAAAUGGCGGAGAAGAUUUCGAUCAGGAAAUGUUGGCGCAAGUCUUCAAUGCUAUUAAGAAUGAAGAGAUCGUUAUGCCAGCAGAGCAAACGGGCUUGGUGCGUGAAAACUAUCAAUGGAAAGUGCUGCUUCGUCGAGGGGCAACACAUGAUGGUCAUUUCCACUAUGUCCACAAUGCAUCCUACGACGUUCAGAUCUUCAAUAUCGUGUGGGGCGCUUCCCUUAGCGCUUUAAGCUUUAUGUUUGACAAGAGCACUGAAUCGGGCUACCAAAAAACGCUUGCAGGUUUCACCAAGUCAGCUGCCAUAUCGGCUCACUAUAAUCUGCAUUCCGACUUCGAUGCCCUCGUUUUGACUCUCUGCAAGUUCACGACGCUACUGAGCAGCGUGGAACAGCACGAACCCGCUCCGGCAAACAAUGAAAUUCAGCAAGCUGUGAACUUUGGAUUGAAUGGCAAAGCUCAGGCGGCAAUGAGAACGGUGUUCUUAUUGGUUCACGACUACGGCGACUGCUUGAGGGAAAGCUGGAAGCACAUUCUGGACCUAUAUCUGCAGCUUUUCCGCUUGAAACUGCUUCCGAAAUCCCUGAUCGAAGUCGAAGACUUCUGCGAGGCAAACGGAAAGGCCUUGUUGAUCCUGGAGAAGCCUCGCGAGAAGCAAGAAUCGGGUCUGUUCUCCAGCCUGUACUCUUUCAUCAGUUCUGAGGGCCAGCGAGAACCAACGUACGAGGAGCAGGACUUCAUCAAGCUUGGACGGAAGUGCAUAAAGGAGUGCCAGCUGGACCAAAUGCUGCAGGAAUCAAAGUUUGUGCAACUGGAGUCGCUGCAGGAGUUGCUUAAAUGUGUGCUGGGUCUGCUGAAAGCGCCCCAGGGUCACAAAUCAAUUGGUUUGCCCUAUGCCGAAGAUCAAACUGUCUUUUGGAUGGAGUUUCUGGUGAAGAUUGUCGUGCACAACCGGGAUCGCAUGAUACCCUUGUGGCCAGCGGUGCGCGACCAGAUGUAUCUCCUCCUCAUGGGAAGUGCCUCCUGCGGCUACGACUACCUGCUCAACCGUUGCAUUGUGGCGGUUCUCAAAUUGGCCAUCUACUUGAUGCGAAACGAGGAGCUGUGUCCGAUUGUCCUGCAGUCCUUGAAAAUGCUGCUGAUGCUCAAGCCUGCAUUGCUGUUGCGCAUCUCUAAACAGAUUUCCAUUGGAAUCUAUGAGCUGCUCAAGACAUCGGCCCAGAAUAUCCACUCCGAGCAGGAUUGGCAGAUCAUUUUCAAUCUGCUUGAGUGCGUGGGAGCCGGAGCUGUGCCGCCCAGCUACGAUGAUGCCCAGCUGCCAUUGCCGCCUAACGGUAGCGCCAAGUCUGAUGGCGCUUUGAGUGGUGAGGAGGACGCAACCAGUGCACCAGAGCGUGGCUACACCUCGGAUUCCGAGCUCUCCAAGGCGUCGGCAGCACCUGGUGCCUCCAGUCCAAGUGCCGAGAACUGGAUCCUGGUCAACAACAAGGACAGUGAGCUGACCACGGCCUCCAGAGUUGAUGGUUUUUGCAGACCCCAGUCUCCGCCAAGUUCGAGUUCUCCGCCAGUUAACACGCUUGUCUACAGUUGCCAGCUACUGGAUCACGCGCCAUUUGCUCUAUUCAAGUGCUGGGACUCGCUGGCAUUCAUCGUGCGCAGUGUGGCUCACAUCACGCCCUACAACUUUGAGGCCUGCGUUCGCUGCAUUCGCAUCUUCGUGGAGGCUUGUCGGGAUGGAGGGAUUCGGCAGCGCCGGAAACUGGAGACGGCGGCCAAACAGCGAAGUGCUAAGAAGCGCAGCGAUCGCAAGCCGGGCAUGGCUUCCUCCGCCUCGAGCAGUAACCUGACCCUUCUGACCGGCGACCCAGCCGACAAUCAGGGACAUGGAAGUGCGGCAGAGCAGGAGGAUCUGGCCCAGCGCUACGAGCAGUUGUCCAUUCAACUGCUAGACCUGAUGUAUACGUUGUACACGCGGACUGCCCAGAUCUUCCGCUGGUGGGCGGAGGAGGGAUGUACAGUCCCACAGUCGGCAGCUUUGUGGUCACCCGGCUGGUGUCCAUUGCUGCAGGGCAUCGCCCGGCUGGCCAUGGACCGGCGGCGGGAGGUGCGCACCCAUGCCAUCUCGUGCCUGCAGCAGCGGGCAUUGCUGGUGCACGAUCUGCAGACGUUGUCCGGCUCGGAAUGGUGCUCCUGCUUCCACCAGGUGCUGUUUCCCCUGUUGAAUGAACUGCUGCCGGAGAGCAGUGCAUCCGGUCAACUGGAUGCCUCUCUACUGGAGGAGUCACGCAUUCGGACGGCCACCAUCAUGUCCAAGGUGUUCCUGCAGCACCUGACCACGCUAAUCGAACUGGGAAAUGCCUUCAACGAGCUGUGGCUGGAUAUAUUGGACUACAUUGAGCGCUUCAUGAAGGUGGGAUCGGAUACGCUGUCGGAGCAGAUGCAGGAGAUACUGAAGAACAUGCUGCUGGUGAUGCACUCGGUGCGGGUGUUCCACAAUCAGGACGGCAGUCUGCAGCAGGCUCUUUGGGAGCUAACCUGGCGGCGCAUCGGCGAGUUCCUGCCCAACCUCAAGGAGGAGCUCUUCCGCGACGAAGGCAAGCGUGCUCAGACUCUAACGAACCCAACUCCUGUGGCAGUUGUGGUUCCCCUCCCACAGCAGCAGGUACCAGCGGUGGCCAUUUUACCUAACCAAGUCCAGGUUUUGCCCAACGACUUGGUGCCGAACGCGCCCUAUCUGGUGCCAGCCGCGCCCAUGUUGCCCAACCAAGUCGAGCUCUUCUCCAACGAGUUGCUAACGAGUGCAUCCACUCCGGCGGCAGUUACGCCCAAUCUGGUGUCUCCCGUGGAAUCCCCGAGGCGGAGUAUUAUACUACAGCCACCCAUGGCCGAUGCACUGCAGCAACCGCCCAGUUUUGUAUUCGCUCAGCCUCUGAUUGUUCCACCUCAGCAGCCAGCGGCGGCGGAUCCGCAGCCCAGCGCAUUGCUGCCGGAUCUGGUGAACGAGGCAACUGCUGCUGCCGUGCUGGCCACUCCUACUUCCCCCAUGCACAGUCCUCAAGCGGCGCAGCAGUCCGCCCCAAUUGUGCAGCAGACGAACAUCGUGACCACCAACAAUACCUAUAAUAGCUAUGCUAUUGAAGUGCCCAUGGCAUCGGAGACUGCUGCGGAGCAGUUGGAGCAUCAGCAGCAGCAGCAGCUGUUCUACCAACAGUACUACCAACAGCAGUAUCAGGCCCAACAGCAACAGUUGCCAGCUCAAAUUAGCGAUCCUGCCGUCAACGUGCCAAUAAGUCAUCUGCUGGCCGGAAAUGCUUACCCCUCGCUGCCCAAAAUGCCGCAGGCAUCCAUUGUCCACAGCUUUGCACCCGUAUACGAGGCUCAGGCGGCGCCCACUGGUGCCGGGCCAGCGGCGGACAUCUACCAAGAGUAUGUGCAAAACCCCUACAACCUAACGUUGCAACAGAAUCCCCAGCAGCAGCAGCAGCAACACCAACAGGGCCCAGGAAUGGCCACCGCAUUUCCCGCCGUUGCCACGCCAGCCAACUACUUUAAUGUAAAUGUGGAUCCCAGUAGCAUACCACCUGGAUCGGAGCUGCUCUACGGCCAGCAGUGAGCAGCAGAGGAGUGUUAAAAUAUAAUUUCACCUGACCGUUUUAUUUAGCAUCCUGUGUUGUAGAGAAUGGCUAGCUUCGUAGUUAAUAAUACAAAAUUGUGUCAAUUUAUUUCUUGUUAUUUAUGCCUCCCCCCAACUAAAGUGGAUACACAUUCCGCCCGGGCGCGUUUUUAUUAUGCUAACCGAAGAACAACAUUAAAUCACGGAUCCAGAUGCAAUUUCUAGCAGAAACCCUAUAAGCUUUAGUAAUUCAAAUAGUUUAAUUUAUGAUAAUUAAAUAAUUAUAUCUUCUGUAUGUUAUGCAAAGAGGCAAACUGUAAAUAAUCAAAAUUAAAAAUAUAUAAAACAAAA